AGGGCUUGGAGAUCUGGAGGACCAGGAUUGGGCUCCUCUGGUCGAAGGAAUACUUCUCAUGGGAGUUAAUGCAAACUCCUUUCAGGAGCCAAACAAGGAUCGGAUCGGUACGUCCUGACCAUGAAUCUGACGACCUGGAACGGCGCUCGAGAUUUCUGCCGACAACACCACACAGACCUGAGCAGCCUGAGGAAUGACGCAGAGUACCAGAUGGUGGGGGAGGUCUCUGAAGGCCAGGAAGUCUACGUGGGCCUCUUCAGAGAUCCCUGGGAGUGGUCGGACCAGACCGAGUCCUCGUUGAGGUUCUGGAGGCCGACCCAAACAGUCAACACUGCGUUUACUGAUAACUGUGUGGCUCUGCUGAGGGCGGAGUCUGGUCAUUGGGGAGACAUGGAGUGCAGCAUCGAGAGGCCGUUCCUGUGUUCCUACGCCAUGAAGGAUCUGCAGUUCACCAAAGUGAAAGUCAGAAUCCAGGACUCCACGCUGGAUCCGAACGAGCCGAGGGUGCAGGAGAGCCUCCUGGAGCAGAUGAAGCUGGAGCUGAAGAAGACCACGAGCAUCGGCGUCCGUCUGAGCUGGAGGAGCGGCUCCGAUGGGAAAGUGUUCGUGAAGAAGAGUCCACCCGGAAAUGUCUGAGUGUUUGUGUGACCACAUAAAACCAGACAUGAACACAAUCGUGGAUGUUGGAAGAAGAUGAGUUCUGCUAGAACACAACUUCUUCCCUUUAGAAGAAGAUUCCACAUCAUGUUUGCAUAUUUAGUUGAUUCAUUUACACAUUUUUUGUUCUUCAAAAAUAAAUG